AUUAAAGCAUAUAUGCAAUUUUCUUCUAGCACAGUUCUUCGUUGUUAUGGAAUAUUAAAAGAACCUGAAAUUGGAAAUUGUAUUAUUGUUUUUCCCUUGGCUUAUGGAGUCGAGAUCCAUAAAAAGGGAAUUAUUCAUCGUGAUUUUCACCCAGGAAACCUUCUUUAUUAUCGAAGAACGAUUUAUGUAUCCGACUUAGGUUUUACUCGUCCAGUAACUGAUACUGGAAAGUCUCGUGUGGGUAUUAUGCCAUAUAUGCCGCCAGAAGUCUUGAAUCGCAAUUGUUAUAGCCAAGCAUCAGAUGUUUAUAGUUUUGGAAUGAUCAUGUGGAUACUUACAUUGGGAAUGUAUCCAUUUCAUAAUGAAAAACAUGAUAUCGAACGUCCGACUGCUAAUGAGGCAUAUCAAGAAAUAUUGGGUUGGCUCAAUAAAUUUGAUAAUGAUCCUCAAUCAGAAAUUGAAUCUGGUACUAUGGAGCUUAAAAAUGCACCUCAAUUAAAACCCGAAAAACUAGAAAUGAGUGAUGAUAUUGUGAAUACAAAUUCUGAAGAACAAAUCUUAUCAAAUGGUCAAUCAACUACACUAUUAUCAAAUAGUGAUAUUAAUAUAAAAAUUACAAUUUCUGAAGACCCAAUAUCAUCAAAUUGUGAUGAAUCAACAAUUUCUCAUCUAAGCAUGACAUAUUAA